GGCACAGACGACUGGGAGCACCAGGCUUACUCAGCAGAUCCCGACCACUCACACACCCACACACACUCAGACUCACAGACAUCCAUUCACAUGAGCAUGUGCAGAUGGACCUGUGGCUUUCCUAGAGACCCCGACACUCUCUCUCUCGCUCUCUAAGUUUCUCACUCCCUCUGUUUUCAAUUUUCCUUUUUUUCUUUCGAUCUCACUUUCGGACUUUCUUUCCGGAAUCCUCCCCCAACACACCUUGGUGUUGUUUUCUCCGCUUCCGAUCCUUCUCCCUCUCCUGUCUCCCUCCCCCAGGGCGCCUUCCUGUGCGCCUGUCACUCGCCGACCCUCCAGAGUAGGUGAGGACUAGGGCAGGAUGUUUCGGAUGCUCCAGAAGGCUGGCCUGCCCGUCUCCUUUAGGGCUGACUGAGGACAAGAACUGCAACUCCAUCCAGAAGGAGAGGGUCCUAAAGCACAGAGCAUCUGUGACACCAAAAUAAUACAACAUCAAAAAAAAAAGAAAACGUUUCCAGAGCUUUCCUUUGGCCGCGUCCGUAGAGAGCAAGAUGCGUUCCGCUUUUUGCCCGGUGGGUCUUCAGUCCUUCGUCCUUGGAGUCCUGUUGUCUGUGGUGGAUACCAAGGGAACCUUCUAUGGAGGCCACACAGCACCUUUCUACGGGAACAGAUACAACCUGUACAAAGCUGGAGUCAACCCCCAUUACACACCAGGGAAGCCCAUGACCCGUCACAAAAACCAUUGUGCGUACGUGGUCCAGAAGAACAUCACAUGCACCAUGCAGGACGGCGUGGCCACAUAUGUGAAGGCGGAGUACACCACCAAGUGCAUCUGGGGACAGAAGUGUCCUAUCGUUAUGUAUCGCACGUUUUACAAGCCCAAGUACAAGGUGGGCCACAAGACCAUCUCUGAGCUGGAGUGGAGAUGCUGCCCUGGCUACUCUGGAGAUAAUUGCUAUGAUGGGCCCACCUCCUUCCCAGACAUGAUGAUGCCUCCCUUCAAGGGGGGGGGCCCUCACCGGCCCGGCUUCAAAGGCUUCCCCCACAGACACCCUCGGCCUCCCCUCGACACCAGGCCCCAGACGCCCGGGGGUCACCUGGAGCCAGGGAAGGCCUUCCCAGGACAACCAGACCACAGGCCCAUCCCCUCUGGACAGCUGCCCACAGGGAAUGGCCACAAGUAUGGCGGGGUGUCCGGGGAGCGCCUGGACCGUAUGGAGGAGGACCUGCGUCACCUGACCCAGGGUCUGGACACCCUGAACGGGGUGGUGGCCGGCCUGGAGGACCGCCUGCGGGUCUCCCUCCGCGAGGACACCAACAAGAUGCUGGGGUCGGUCCUCUCCUCCAGGCCCAGGCUCUCGGACGCCUCGGUGGGCUUUGGGGUGAUUCCAGACGGGACGCCCGACGGCCUGGAAGGGGGAGAAGGCUUCCCUGGUUUCGGGGAUCUGUCUGGGAGGGUGACGGAGGUGAAGGAUGAGCUCCGGGUGAAGAGUCACAUGCUGGAGGAGAUCCAGGGCAUGGUACUGGGCCAUGAGGGCCAACUCAAGAGGCUCCUGGAGACGGCCAGCGGCAGGCCCAUCCCGGGGGCCGGCUCCCCGUCCCUCAUAGAGGAGCUGCUGGACGCCAGGCUGGCCGCCGUCCGGGCUGACAUCCUGGACGGCUUUGAGCGCCGGCUGUCCACCCUGGAGGGCCAGUGCGAGGAGCGGAUCGGGGAGGUGCAGAGACAGUGCCACCGGGAGCACAUGAGCGGGCAGGAGCAGAUGCAGCAGUCUCUGGACGGGAGGGAGACGGGGAUCAGGGAGGAGCUGGGGACCCUGCAGGCUCAGAUCCAGGGACUCACCCUGACGGAGAGCUGCUGCGGACAGGUGAACAGCCUAUCCCAGCGUGUCCUACGCCUGGAGGAGUCUGUGAAGGGCUUGACCGAGUCUCAGAGGCAGCUACAGAGCGCCGUCACCGAGCAGAACAUUCACUUUGAGACUCUGGUGGAGGCUCGUCUGGUGGACGUGGAAGGCCGCUUCAACGCCAGCGAGGCCGGAGAGCCCUUCCCGGGCUCCCUGGAUGGCUUCAGGGCCCUCCUGGACGACAAGCUGAAGACCCUGGAGGAGCGCGUGUUCGUGGCGGUGGAGGAGCUGAGCAACGCCACGGCGCCCGCCCUGCUGGAGGGCCACGUGGUGCCGGCGCUGGAGACGGAGAUCGACUCGGUGAGGAGGAGGGUGGACGGAGACCUGGAUGGGAUCCAGAAACAGCUGAGCGACCUGGAGCUGCUGUGCACCUCCUCCUGCAACCCCUCCCACCUCCCAGCAGGGGGCCUGGGCGGCGUGGGCGCCGGGGUGGACUGCGAAGAGGUGGAGGAGAAGACGUCGGGCCGCCUGGACUCGCACGGCGAGCGUCUGGAGCGUCUGAAUGCCACCCUGCAGACGCUGCUGGCCCGCCUCGCCCAGGACGACGAGGAAGGCGCCGUGCACGGAGAAAUCACGCUGCUCAAGGUCAACAUCAACUCGGUCAACCGCACCCUCAAGGGCCUGAGAGACUCCGUCAGCCUGUUCGCCAAGGACGUGGGCCAUGCCAACGCCAGCUGGCAGCACAGGGAGACCCAGCUGGCCACACAAAUGCAAGGCAUCACCCAGCUGGUGGGCCACCAGGCAUCCCUGCUUGGGGCUGGGGAGAGACGGCUGGCCCAGCUGAAAGGCGAGCUACUGGGUCUGAGGAGGAGGCUGUCCGGGGAGCUGCAGGGGUGCCGCAGCACGGCUCUGGGGGUCCAGAAGGAGGUGAAGGAGGUGGAUAGCAGGGUGACCCAGGUGGAGGGUCAGUGUGGCAGCCUCGGGGAGCUGGCUGAGCACCUGGAGAGGAUCAGGGCCGAGCUGGAGAGGCACUCAGACUCCUACCUGUCGCAGGUGAACGGGACACUGGCCAGCCACUCGGAACAGCUGUCUGAAUUGAAGGGGGAGGUCAAAGACUGCAUGAGCAAGGGUUCGGCCAAUCAGAGAGGAGACCAGUAGCACCUGAGCUACAGUGAGAGAGACUUGUGUGCAUCUCAUUAGUCUGAGGUGGUUUCCUCUGCUUGUCUCCUUUCCUUCUCUAUCUACACACGUGCAAAGGAUUAGGACAAGUGAAUGUAAGGUACAGUUAGAGGCCCGCUUCUUGAUGUGUUUAGCUGUCCGCAAUUUUGCAGACCAGUGUGAGGACAGAGGGGAGACAAGAGGAUGAACACUUUAGACUCGUGAGGCAUACUUUUGGUUGUAUAGUUGGGCAAUAUUUACCUUUCCUCCAAAUUGUAUUCAAAAGGGGCAUUUUUGUCUGAAUUGUAUGUGGUUGUUCCAUGUUCACAUUUUAUAUUGAUUCCAACUGACUUUUUAACUUAUAUGAAGAAAAAAGUGACUUGUAAUUGCUAUCUUGUUGUAUUCAAGAUGUUUGUAUCAAAACAAUUACGAAACGCAAAUGAUAUCAGACGAAUAAGCUGCUAUGGGUAUCUACUGGCAAGCACACUCUACUUUAUCUGUGUGGACUCAAACUUGUCUGAUUGUUAACAAAAAUACUGUAUGUCAACAUGAAUGGUGCUAUGCUUUUUUGCAUACUUUUGUUUUACUUCUCAUAAAAUAUGUACUUCUC